AGUACAUACACAUGACAACCUGCAACGCUGUAGAUUCCCGACUGUAGCUAUCGCAGGCGAUUACCAGAUUCAUAGUGUGAAAGUCACCUUCGCUACAUACCUCUGUGUCUUGAUCGCAAAUUCCAUCACUGCGACCGUAGAAUUGAUCUUUCCUCGGGCACCAGAACAAAGAGAUCUUCACCCACUUUCUCCAAUCCGAUCUCCCACAAUAAGUCAGCUGCUGCAAGUGAUGAUGUGUGCCGUCGCGCUACACGAAAUCUCUUAGUGCCAAAAACAAAAACAACCACCACCUGAUCGGCCUGUUGAGCAUGUUUGCCCUCAAAUCUCUCUCGGGUUAUCUGUUCGGCAACACCGGCAGCAAACAGACCGUCGUCGAAAUCUCCCAGGGUCAACUCUACAUCGUGCGCCCGCAGUCUCCCAAAGGCUACAGUGAGCUCAUCUUCAAAGACUCCGCCGCCAUCAUUCGCAAGACUGGACAGGACUUUCAAUAUCAGCUCGUCAUCCAACGCGCCUACGAGGAAGGCGAGGCGGAACUCUUAGACGAAGAAGGCCGCGAAGAGGAGGACAUCGACGCAUCUGGUGACAAGGACGAGAAAACAUUCCUGCUCGAUCAGGAGCUCCAUUUUCGCAUCGAGAGGAACGCGGACGGCGAAUUUGUGCUCGCCUGGAACGACCUGUUUGGAGAUUCUGGGGAUCUCUUCGAGUUUGUUUGUGACAAGUCGACCCGACCCGAGACAGCCACUACCUUCCAACUCGUCGCUGCUCAGUGCCAGUACGAACGGAAAUAUCGCAAGAGCCACCAAGCUGCCACUGAAGAAGACCUUCAAGAGUUUGCGUUCCUAAACGAGCCAGCCAUACCUGCAGCGAGCCCGCUUCCCAGUCCCAUCUCACAAACGCCAGCUGCGAUAGCUUCCCCGACAUCUCGAUCGCUCGCCAAUCUUCGUGACGAACCAAACAUGGCCCGGGACUCUAGCAAGAAAGUGUCCGCACCACUCCGAGCGAUCGAGCAGACGCCCACUAAAGCACCUGCGUUCCGCAAAGCUCCAGACAGCCGCGAAGUCCUUGCCAAAGAGCAAGCCGAGCUGCAUUUGUUCGAUUUUCAAUCCGGGACUUUCAUCCUGCAAGAUGAGGACGUUCAAGCUUUGGUCAUCGAGACCAGCAAUUGGAACUACUGGCUUCAGAUCACAGGCGGCAAGCAACAAUGGCUGAGCCAACAGGUCCUACAAGACAUCAAUCCGGUGUUCAAUUUUGAAUAUCAAAGUUUCAUCUUCAAUCACUACACCGAAGAUGGUUCAGCAUAUUCCUGGCUCUUAAAGUUCGAGGAUCGUGAAACCAUUGAGCGUUUCCAAGGAGGCCUCAUGCAGGCUCUUUGGGAGCAUGCCAACGAGACUAAAUGGGCCAAGGCAGUCAAGGACAAUGACCGCGACUAUGUUCUCGAUGCUUUCAACGAUCUCGUGCUAGAAGACCCCCGCGACGAUGAGCGGGAACGGGAAGCUGCUGAGGAAGACGAGGAAGACGAGGAUGAUUUCGAGGACGCCGAAGAGCGUCGGGAAGAGGCGAAUUACGAUGAGGAUGAGGAUGGCGAUGAGACUGACGAUCAUGACAAAGACGGCAACGUCAACAGCCAGCUUGCUGUUGGUGCGUCUGUUGAUCGUUCAUUCGUCGUGCGAGGCGACAAGAUUGGCGUGUUCAAACACACCCCGGACAAUCAGCUUCAAUACAGCACAACAAUCAACCAGGUUAAGACCCCUGGCGGAAAGACCUUUUCGCCGAAGAAGGUCAUGCUGCACCAGCAGGACCAUAACAUGAUUCUACAGAGUGCAGACAACCCUCACAGCCUCUUUCGUAUGGAUCUUGAAGUGGGUAAAGUGGUCGACGAAUGGAAAAUCCACGACGACAUCCCCGCAGACAUUUUCGCGCCGUCGAGCAAGUUUGCUCAGAACACCGGUGAAGAGACAUUCCUCGGGCUGUCCAAAAAUGCCUUGUUCCGCGUAGACCCUCGACUUUCAGGUAACAAACUCGUCGAGUCGGAAUUGAAGCAGUACACCAGCAAGAAUGACUUCUCCGCGGCGGCCACAACCGAAAAGGGCUACAUCGCUGUCGCCUCAAACAAAGGAGAAAUCCGCAUGUUCGACCGUUUGGGAAUCAACGCCAAAACGGCAUUGCCUGCGCUCGGCGAUCCCAUUAUCGGUAUCGACACAAGUGCCGACGGUCGCUGGAUUCUCGCCACGACCCGUACCUACCUCCUCCUCAUCGACGCCUUACAAAAGGACGGCAAAAAUGAAGGCAAGCUUGGCUUCGAGAAGUCCUUUGCGAAGGACUCCAAGCCUCAACCACGACGCUUGGGUCUUACGCCCUCACACGUCGCCCAAUUCCAACACGAGACUCACGCGCCGUUGUCGUUCACGCCCGCCCACUUCAACACAGGAGAAGGCAAGGACGAAACAACCAUCAUCACAGCCACGGGUCCCUUCAUCAUUACAUGGAGCCUCAAGAAAAUCCUCGCGGGCCGCAAAGACCCCUACAGCAUUAAACGCUACGCAGAAGAGGUCAAGGCGGACAACUUCCGCUAUGGCAGCGAUAAGAACAUCGUCGUCGCCUUGCCCAAUGAGGUCGAUAUGGUGGCUCGCCGUGCGCUGCAGAGACCCACCCGUGAGAGCAUCAUGGCUACGCCUAGGAGGAGUAAGGGACGCGCGAGCUAUUUGAGGAGUGAAAUUGUCAAUUCUCCGUAUUGAUUGAGAAAAUGUUAGGGAGGAUUUGAGUGGGAAUCUGAGGACUUGGCUUUUGGGAAGAAGUGGUUUUUGUAUUUAAGACGGGCUGUCGCGUUUUGAAUUCGAGACGAAUGAUGUUUGAUGAAUGGAAUGAAGGAAACGGACGUUAGUAAGACUGUGGAUCAGAAUGCGAAAAAUCUCACACGUCUGUCUUGAUUAGCACGACGACGUCGCGGGAAUAUAUUUAAAUCAAUGAUACCCAAACACUCCCCUCAUCAC